AUGGCCGAGAAAUCAGAGACCGUUCGUCCAGCAUUCGCGGGUCGCGAACGUCCUCUACUUUCCUAUGGGAUUGACUUCCCCGCCGCUGCAGCUCGCCACGUUUCGGAGACAUUUCAAGCCUCUCGGGUGUAUGUGAUCUGUUCGGGAUCAUUGUCGCGUAACACCGAUGCGCUUGACCGCCUCACGCAUGCAUUGGGCUCGGAAAAUGUCGUGGGGUGCCGCAUCGGAAUGCAGAGCCACACACUGUGGUCAGAAGUGCUGGAAAUUGUUGACGAUGCACGGAAUGUGCAGGCGGAUCUGAUCAUUACACUUGGGGCUGGCAGUUUGACUGAUGGUGCAAAGAUUAUUGCUCUGGCUCUGGCAAAUCAAGUUCAUAUCGCUGGGGAUCUCGAAACCUUAGCUGAAGGUCCCAAUAAACGCGCUCAAAUAAAUGCUCCUACGGUCCCUAUCAUCUCUAUCCCGACCUCUCUUUCAGCUGGAGAGUACUCGAACUUCGCCGGUGGCACGGAUGACCGAUCGCGCCGCAAGUUUAGCUUUCAGGCACCUCUACGUGGCCCACAGCUCAUCAUCCUGGACCCAAGAUUGGCACAAUCAACACCCGACUCGAUAUGGCUCAGCACAGGAGUGCGUGCUGUCGAUCAUUGUGUUGAGACGCUCUGCGCGAUUGUUGGUGUAACACCGGAAUCAGAUGAUUUGGCACAAAGGGCACUAGGCCGGUUGGUCCCUGGUCUACUGCAGUGCAAGCAAAAUCGCGCCAAUGACGACGCCUACCUCCAAUGCCAGCUUGGCUCGGUGGACGCAAUGGCAGCCUGUACAAGUGGGUCGGUAGAACUUGGAGCUAGUCAUGGUAUUGGUCACCAGCUUGGACCACUGGGCGUUGGUCAUGGCGAGACUAGCUGUAUUCUCCUACCUGCCGUUUGCAAGUUCAAUGCUGCACAUAACGCCAAUCGAGAGCGCCAAGCGAUCGUGCGUGACUUUUUGGUUCGCGAUCCUGUUGUUUUGGAACUGCUCCAAACUCGCUCGCUGAGUGUAGAACAGUCGGACCUGGGGGAUAUCUUAGACGCUAUCAUUCGCGAACUUGGAAUGCCGCGGUCUUUGAGCGAUGUGCGAGUUGGUCGCGAUAAACUUGACGGAUUGGCGGCGCACAGUUUACACGAUCGGUGGUGUCAAUCAAAUCCAGUGCCUCUGAAGGAGAAGUCACAGGUGCUGGAAAUCCUCGAGAUGGUUGUCUAA